CAUCUCCUAUUAUUGUCUUUUAUUGUCUUUUUGGUCAAAGACAAACCGGGUCAGGGCAAGCAGGAGGGACGGCCGAUCGCUGCUGCCACCACCGCCGCCGCCCCGCCCGCUACGUCAUCGCCCGCCUUUUGUUUUAUAGUAGCCGUUUUCUUCCAUCCGCAUCGUCAUCGCCAUCAAUUCCUACAUCCCUCCCAUCCAUCCUCACCACCACGACUCUCACCCUCACCCUCACCCCUUUUCACUGAUUUAUCCCCCCACACAACCACCGCACUUGACCGAACCACCUCCAUGGCUCUCAACUCGGCCACUUCCGGACUCACCUCCGGCGUCACCGGCGUCACGGGGCGCCCGCCCAAGCUGGUGAGCGACCUCAAGAACACCGCCCAGCAGACCCAGCGCACCACCGCCCGGGCCGCGAACCAGGCCACCGGGGGAGUCCCGCGGCCCGUCACCGACGCGGUGCUCCCCGGCCAGUUCCCCGGCGACGAGAACAACAUCAAGUCCACCCAGCGCGAGCCCGGCAACACGGGCCCCGUGCUGGCCCCGCUGCGCCAGUGGUUCAGCCAGGCGCUGCCCCGGCUGAUGGACCGCUGCGAGUCCAAGCUGAUGUGGCUGCUGUCGUGGUUCCUGCCCGCCCCGGGCCAGGCCCGCGUCUACGAGGAGGCCGCCCGCCGGCCCGCCAGCACCACCUUCCUCCUCUGCCAGCUCAUCUGCUGCGGCAUCCCGCUGCUCAUCUUCCUCGCGGGCGUCUUCGUCUUCGCCGCCGUCGCCAUCCUCCUCUGGGCCGUCCUGUCGCUGCUCAUCCUGGGGCCCGUCCUCCUGGUCGCCAGCAUGCUGGGCGUCUCCAUGUGGGGCUGGGGCUGGCUGUUCUACGGCCUGAUCAAGUGGAUCGACCAGACCUACCUCGGCGGCCUGAUCUCCCGCUUCUGGUUCUCGCGCGCGUCGGGAAACGGCCCGGCGGGGGAAUCCACGGGCGCCGAGGGGGCGGGGGACGCGGACGGGGACACAGACGGGGACGGGGGGACCAAGGAGGAGUAGUAUGCCCCCGUCUCGGGGGGUGGAUCCGGGCCGUGGGGAUAUGCGGGGUCCUGUUAUGUAUAUUAUGCGGGGGCAUGUACGUAUUCCGGGCGAGCUGAACGGCAUCAGCGUGUAUGUGGGAUAUCAUUUGGCGAUGGUCUAGCAAUGUCUAAAGAGAACUGUUCACAAUGGGUCAUGAGGCUGUAGAGGGCGGCGGGAGGGCCGAUGCACGCGACGAGAGAGAGCAUGUAAAAAAAGAGCAAAAAGAAAGACAAGCCACAGAGAAAGGGAAAUUCGAGACAGGAGAUCUGAACAGCAGUCCGCAGGUCCAGGUCAGUCCGCGCGUUCGGUAUCCAGCGGGAUGAUGUCCUUGUGGGCGGACGCGAGGCGCGAGUAGCGAUAGGACCGCCGCACGAAUCGCUUGAACACCAGCAUGCCCGCGAUCGUCGCCAGGCACGCCAGCAGGGCGGCCCCCA